AGAUAUAACACCGUCGAUGCUCAGAUCGCGAAAGACUGCUCGGGGACGUGGUAACGAAGAACCUGUUCUGGCACCUGGUGCAGAAAUUAGCGAAAAUUUGGGAAGAUUUGCCGAGCGUCUUACCGAUAUCUCCGGUGAUGGUGCUGCUGGAGCAGAACAAACGGUAUUUGGAAAAUUGGGAGAGGAAGCUCCGCAGCCUGCAAAGUUAGUACAAUCUGGAUUUUCAUUGGAUUUCGAUCCCUGUUUGAGAUAUAUAAACUUUCACAUCGUUUCGCCAUUUCACAAAAUCGCGCAACUUGGCAAACGGAAGAGUUCCCACUGGUGUUAAAACACAUUGUAAAGAAUUGUAACUACUCUCAAAUCUCAUCAAGCAGCUACUAAUUUGCUCUUCUUCCAAAUUUGCUUUUUAUGAUAUUGAGUUUGUUACGGGUCCAGUUGUUCUGUUGUGAACUGGUUGCUCUACAUCCUAACUCUCCUCUUUUUUUGCUUUCUGAUUCGUGAUCCUUCCACGGGCAAACUAAGUUUACAUAUAAUGUCAUGUUGUCUGUUG